AUGGCCGCGGCCGGCGGGGCCGGGGGAGCCGCCCCCUCCGCCCGCCCCCUCGGGGCCGCGCCGCCGCCACCGGGACCCCCCGAGCGCCCCCGAGCUGCGGGAGGGCACGGCCGGGACACGGCGGGGGCUCACGGACCCCGAGCUGCGAGUGCCCCCUUCCCUCCCCGAGCUCUUCCCACGCGGGACAGGGACAGGGACGCGGACACGGACAGGGACACGGACACGCACCUGCCCCACCUCCCGGCCCGACGGACGGGAUCGGACCGGACGGGACGGGCGCGUUUUGGGGGAUACAGAUCCCUGCCCGGGGGGGCUCCCCCGAGGAAGCGCUGCUGCUCAUCCCCUGGCAGGGAAAUCCGCCUGUUUCGGCCCCAAAAAACCCGGCCCGGAGGCGAAUCCGUCAAACGCGGCUGGAUUCCCGCCGGGAUUUUUAUCCCCCCUCACGGAGAGAUCGGUGGGAAUAUCGUGAGUGUUUCCCGCAAAAGACUGGAAGGGUGGGGGGCAGGUGCGGCCGUGACGCCCCUGCGGAUCCCUGGGGAUGGGUUUUUGGGAGGUCUGGGGGUCCCCUGCCCUGAUGGAGGAAAAUUUCCUCCCCCGCGGCCCUGGAGCCUUUUCCCCCUGGUGUUGGAGCAUCCCUCGCUGCCUGGAGAUGAGGCUUUUCCAAGGAAAAAAUCCCGACAGGAAAAGUUCCCCCCACCUGCUCCCCGCCCGCCACCCGCGUUCCCCAAACCCUGCCGGGGUCCCGGGAACAUCACCGGGAUCCAGGAAUUCCCCGCAGGAAUGUGCGCCUGGAUAUAG